CUUCCCCACUCUCUCCUCUCGUGAUGCUCAUCUCGGUCUCGUUGCCCUGCACCCCGUCGCCGUGUAAUCAAACCUUCUACAUUCCAACGACUCCGAAUAUAAAACACCCUAUGCUUUCCGCCUCACCUACAUCACCAAACCAAACAAAACCUCAAAUCACACAAAACAUCAACCUUUCCAACAUCCACAUAAACCCCCCACAAACCCCCAAGCCUCAAGAGACCUUGUAAACCAGCCAAACUUUCCAACAGCUCUCAAAAUGGCAUCCGAACAAACGGCCCAACCCGACAUCUCAAACUACACCACCUCCCCAACCACCUCCUCCAACAAGCAAUCCUCCCCCUCAGCCACAACCCCGCGCGCCAUCGUCGAGUCCACGACAAACAGCUGGAAACCCUCCUUCGAGCGCCGCCAGAGCUGGAAUCAGGAGGACCAGAAGCGCGCGCUGCAGAUGAGUCACAUUGAGGACGUGAAGACUGGUCCUGGGUUCACUGAGCGUUCGUAAAGGGGGGAAACGACAAAACAAUGAGGGAAAAGCUGUGCAAAACACAGAUGUGAAAUUUAGAAUUGGCAACAUGCUGCGGUUAAUGACAAUGGAUGGGCGAUGGUGGUGUUGAGAGGGAAUGGUGUGUUGAUGAAGACGAGAUUUCCUUGAAGCGAUCCCCAUGAAGAUUGGUGCGGAGGAGGGCAUGGAUGAAGUCGCCGUCGAAUGGCUAGGAAGGCAUGGCGUUUAAAAAAUUGUUUUACUAGGUUGUAUCAUCAAAUACGCAUCAUCCCAUAUGGCUCCGA